GCGGUCAUUGGGCUGGGGCCUUUUAUCUUUGCGCGGCCGGGGGAGGCUGGAGGAGGAGGAGACUCCGGGGGUGGUCCUGGGCGCCGGCAACACCUUUCCUGGACUAUAAAUUGAGCACCUGGGAUGGGUAGGGGGCCGACGCAGCCUGCAGCGACGACAAUUCCACUCCAGCUACUGGCCGCGACAGCGCCCUUGGGCAGCAGCUGUCGGCAACCAAAUCACUAAAGCAGCCUAGGAGCGGAGAUCUCGUGGUGGAAGAGGAGGCCAAGGCUCGACCCAUCAACUUCCCAUCGCCAUCGCGAGCUUCCAAACGUGGAAGCCGCGCAUCCUACAGUUGCCGGGCAGCGAGUGAGACGAGAGUUGGAGAGAACGGAGGUGGAGCCGGGAAUCCCGCCUCUCCAGCUAGCAGCCAGGCGCCGAACGCGGGCCUCGCAGAGCGCGUGAAGGCGGGCAUCCUCUUGCCCUGGCUGGCCAUCCUCGUGCCCUUGCAUCUGUAAGCUUCGGCGCUCUCCCGGCUACCAUGAUGCAGAUCUGCGACACCUAUAACCAAAAGCACUCGCUCUUUAACGCCAUGAAUCGCUUCAUCGGCGCCGUGAACAACAUGGACCAGACGGUGAUGGUGCCCAGCCUGCUGCGCGAUGUGCCCCUGGCGGAGCCCGGGCUAGAUAACGAGGUCAGCGUGGAAGUAGGCACUAGUGGCAGCUGCCUGGAGGAGAGCACGACCCCGACUCCCAGUCCGGGCAGCGCUAAUGGCAGCUUCUUUGCGCCUUCCCGGGACAUGUACAGCCACUACGUGCUCCUGAAGUCUAUCCGCAACGACAUCGAAUGGGGAGUCCUGCACCAGCCGACGCCCCCGCCGGCAGGGAGCGAAGAGAACAGCGCCUGGAAGUCCAAGGACAUCCUGGUGGAUCUGGGCCACCUGGAGAACGCAGACGCCGGCGAGGAAGACCUGGAGCAGCAGUUUCACUACCACCUACGCGGGCUCCACACGGUGCUCUCCAAACUCACCCGCAAAGCCAACAUCCUCACCAACAGAUACAAGCAGGAGAUCGGUUUUGGCAAUUGGGGCCACUGAGGCGGGCCGCUUCCGGCUGCCAAGCACCCUCUCGUGCCCUCUCUUUCUCUCUUUCUCUCUCUCUCUCUCUGUCUCUCUCUCUCCACUGUCUUCCUCAAAGCUGUUUUCUUCCUGGUUGUGGGUCGCGAAGGGCAGAUUACAAAGUUGUGCUUCGUUCGUGCAGGGGGCUCGGUGGGGUUGUGUGGAAAGGGUGUCAUUUGAGCGGGGAGUAUGGCAGCGGGGGAAGGAGGCCUUAGGACCAUCCUGGGAUGAGAACAAACUGCUUUUGGCGUUGGUGGGAACGAGACUGGGCUGACGCCCGCAUUCAGCCUGUGCCUUUCCUGGGGUUUCCUUUCUGUUCUUCUUUCCGGAAGAAAAGGGGCCGCGGCAGGGCGCGGUGCUGGGUUGCCACACUUGGGAGUGCAACCCCCAGCCCGGUACUGGGGAAGGCGGGGCGCGCAGCCUCCUACCAGCCCUGCCUUUGAGCCGGUGGAAGCCUCGGCGCUGCUAGGAUUGCAUCAGUUUUCCUGUUUGUCACCGUGGCCCUUGUCUUUAAGUAUUUCAGAUCAUCUUGUUCUAAAACUUCGGUAAUUUCCAUUGUCAUUGUGAUAAGCGCACAAACUGCACUGUUGGUAACCGGUACUAUUUUAUUAAUGAUUUUCUGUUACACUGUAUAGUAGUCCUGUGGCACCCUCACCCCAUCCGUUUCACACCACCCCACCCCCACCUCAGUGUGUGUAAGCUGGCAAUGCGCCAGCUUGUACGAAGCUUGCCACUCAGCUAGUGAAAA